CGGGUACCAUUCCCUUCAUGGCGCUUGACCUCUUGAGGGACGCCUAUUGGAAUGGCAAUCUCAAGCGAAUCUAUCGCCACGAUUUGGAGUCAUUCGUGUGGGUCGUGUUGUACUUCGCUUGGGCCUUUGACGACGAGGGACGUGAAGACAUGGACUCCCCAGUUCACGCCUGGCUGACGGCCGACUACGAACAAUGUAGACGAGCGAAAGGCGACUUCCUCAUGAUCCGCGCGAAACAGCGCCCAGACAAUAGGACUCACGAGAGCGGAGAUGAUGGAGACGACAGAGACGACGGCCUCGAAUACGUCCCGUUCUUUGCCAGGCAGCUGAGGGACUGGCUAGUGGCCGAGCGCCUGCGGCAGCAGACAAAGGCGAGCGGCGAUCCUCGCAAUCCAUUCACCGAGAGCAAACGGCAAGCUCGCGGAAAGAAGAGAAAGAAACGACUUUUACCGGAAGGAAAUCAUGACGAGGAACCUCUUCAAGAAGCAAAGCGUGACUUCGAUAGCUUCUGGAAUGAAUUCGAGUAUAUUCGCAAGGCAAGCAAGGAUGUGAAAAUGACGCCUGAGGGGGUCGAAUACUUUAAGUCGCGAGAGAAGAAGCUUACUUAAGGAGUUGAAGAAGUUGAAGGCACGGCGCAAGUGGGAG